GCGCCGGUGCUGGAGCUGGCGCUAGAGCGGCUCCAGCCGCUGCUGGCGGAGCGUGCCUCGCCCGAGCUGAAGGUGCCCUUCUUCGACCUGCUGGCUGCCGUGCUGGAGCACAACUGGCGCUACUUCUUCAGGAGCUCGGUGCUGAAGACGCUCAGCUCCGUGGCCGAGGAGGACGAGGUGACGAACGAGAAGCAGUUCGUGGCCAUCCUCGAGGCCAUGGGCCAGUCGUUCCUGCAGGCCGACAUCAACGUGUUCCGCCUGAACUUGGCCACACUGCAGAUGCUCAACUGCAAGUGGAAGCUCUAUCACAAGCCGGUGUUCCGCCGCUUGCUGCUGGCACGCUUCAUGACGGUGCUGCUGCAGACGCUGCUGCAGCGCUCGCACGACCUGCUGCGCGACGAGAUCGCCGGCUGCCUGCACGAGCUGGCCGCCGUCGACUUCGCCGACUUCUUCGACCGGUUCGUGCCGGGCGUGCUGCUGGACACGCCGGGCCUGGACGCGCCGCAGCGGCGCACGCUGGCCGCCCUGCUGCCGCGCCGCACCGACCUGCCCACGUUCAGCGCUGACCUGCACCGCUUCGUCAGCGACCUGCGCUACUACCGGCUGGUCAAUGAGAGCCUGCGCGCCGGCCGCGGCGGCGGCCAGUCGGUCUGAUGCGGCGUCGGCGCGGUGGCGAGCCGGAGGCCGCGGGUGACGGCGGUGGCGGUGAGCCAGGUCCCUGGAUGACUUGGAG